CCUUUUGCCCCCCUCCAAUCCUCGUAGGCCAUGAAUCCCAAAUAUAGGAAGGAGUUAUUCUUCCCAAAAACCCCACCUUUAUAAAAAAAACCCUCGCUCUUUCCCCCUCACAAACCCCAAAUCAUCAUCAAAAAAUAAAAUUUUCUUUUCUUUUCUUUUCUUUUCUUUUUUAAUUUUACCUUCGUAUGGACAUAACCUGAAUCCCAGCUUCUCAACUUUCCAUCUGUUCGUCCAAAAUCCAGAACCCAACAAAUCAAAAAAAACCAAUGGAGGCGGCGCCGUCGGCGGCUAAUCCACCGGCGACGGAGGCGACGGCGGCAAGAAAGAGAUAUGAAAGGCUGAUGACAAUACGAUCAAAGGCAAUAAAGGGCAAAGGCGGCCUCGGUAUUGCGGCCCACCUUCGAGCCCCCUCCUCCUCUCGGACUCCGGCGAGCGACGGCUGUGAGCUCCGCUGCUCCCUCUGCGACGCCACCUUCUCCGCCUCCAACCCUUCUCGAAUCACGGAUCACUUGAAGAAAGGCGCCUGCCCGAACUUCAACGCCGCCGCCCCCCUCCGCCCUCUUCGUCUGCGGCCCCCACACGAUCUCUUCGGCACCUCCGUUGACGAGAAAGCGGCUUCUCGAAGCCCAAGCCGCCGCGCUUCUCCUCCCUGCCCUUCAGCGCCGCAGCACGGAGUCCUCUCCGGCGGUAAAGAGGAUUUGGGCGCCCUUGCAAUGCUCGAAGAUAGCGUCAAGCGCCUCAAGAACCCGAAGCCUUGCGGCUCAGCCGCUGCCUACGGCCCUGGCCCGCAUUCCGCCGCCUCUUUGCUCGGCGACUGGGUCUUUGAAUCCUGCGGUGCUGUCUCUCUUGCUUCUUUCAAGCAUCCCAAAUUCAUGGAAUUUCUCAACCUCGUCGGCCUCCCGCCCGUCGAUCCCCGCUGCAUUCUCGGCCCUGUUCUCGAUUCUCGGUACCGAGAUUCCGUGGCAGACUCCGACGCCAAGAUUCGAGAUGGCCCUUUCUUCCAGCUGUCCUCCAGUGGCUGGAGGAAGCAGAAUGUGGGUCCUGAUUCCCGCAGACUUGUGUGCGUGUCAGUAAAUUUGCCAAACGGGACGGCGGUUUUUCACAGGGCGGUGCUCACCAUCGCCUCAGCUCCUUCGGAUUAUGCCGAGGAGGUCUUUGAAGAAGCUGUCAACGGAUCAUUGGGUGGCAUUGCUGAAUGCUGUGCGGGGAUUGUAGCCGACAGGUUUAGGUCAAAGGCGCUGCUCAAUCUCGAGAACCGCCAUCGUUGGAUGGUUAAUCUCUCUUGCCAGGUUCAGGCCAUUGCUCGUUUGGUCAAGGACUUUGCUAGUGAGCUUACCCUCUUUGAGAAUGUCGUUGCUAACUGCUUUAAGCUGGCUACUUACUUUAACAAGCAGUCUCAGGUCAGGGUUAUCUUUAACAAGUAUCAAGUUCAGGAGUCUGAUGGGAGUCGACUCCUUAGAGCUCCGGCUGACAUUGAGGAUGCCAUAGCUAAUUUUGGCCCGGUGUUCUCGAUGUUGGAUGAUGUAAUGGGCUCAAUUGGGCCCCUUCAGUUGGCUGUUCUUGAUGAGGGUUAUAAAGUUUUGCGUAGAGAGGAUCAGAUGGCUGUCGAAUUGGCUGAGCUUAUACAAGAUGUGAGAUUCUGGAGUGAUGUCGAGGCUGUGCAUUCAAUUGUGAAGAUGAUCGGAGAUAUAACUUGCGAGAUGGAGACAGAGAGACCAUUGGUUGGGCAAUGCCUGCCUCUAUGGAAUGAGCUCAGGGCGAAAAUCCAUGACUGGUGUAAUAAGUUCAGCAUCGAGUUUGCGCCAGUUGGUCAGCUGAUAGAGAGACGGUUUCAGAAAAAUUAUCAUCCGGCGUGGUCUGCAGCAUUUAUAUUGGAUCCGUUAUACUUGAUUAAGGAUGCUAGCGGAAAAUAUCUCCCCCCGUUCAAGCUCCUGACACCAGAACAAGAGAAAGAUGUCGAUAAGUUGAUAACGAGGUUGGUGUCGAGCGAGGAAGCUCAUAUUGUGUUAAUGGAGCUUAUGAAAUGGCGAACUGAGGGGCUUGACCCACUCUAUGCGCAGGCUGUUCAAGUGAAGCACGUUGAUCCUUUGACAGGCAAAAUGAGAAUUGCGAACCCACAGAGUAGCCGGCUUGUGUGGGAGACUUGCUUGAGUGAGUUCAAGAUUCUUGGUAAAGUGGCUGUCAGGCUUAUUUUCCUUCAUGCCACUGCCUCCUCCGGGCUAAACCCUAAUCCUCCGGUACUUCAGUGGGUCAGUGGUCACUCUCGGUCAAGGACUGCGAUGGAAAGGUUGAAGAAGAUGGUGGCUGUUGCAGCCAAUGCGAAACUUGAGAGGAGGGAAUUUUCGAGUGAGGAGAAGGAUGCUGAGCUCUUAGGACGCGAAGAAGGUGACAGAUGAGGCUUUACUGGAUGCUGAGCUCCCUUUCUGUAACAUUUCUAUUUCUGUUUUUAGUUUAAUUUUUCCCUUGCAUUGUAGAAUUGGAUGUGUAGGAAUUGCUGGGUUUUCCCCCUCCUUUUUUUUUCCUUUUUGAAUGGGUUCUUGAGUGUGCCAUUGUUGUUCUAACUUAGGUUUUAGAAUUGUCACCUCCUAUCAGGGCAUUUCGUAAUUGGGGGUAAUUUAGGUUGUUCAGACAAAUGAUAUCCUUCUUGUUUAUAAAUUGGAAUUGUUGAGAGAACAAAAAACAGGAAGAAUGGUGUAAAA